AUGACAUUUUGCUGUAUUUUUUAAAUUUUAAUAUAAAUUAUUUAUAGAACAAACAAACAAAAAAAGAAACAAACAAACAAAUAAUUAUUUAAACUUUCAAUAAACAUAAAAAUGGAAAUAGAAAUAAUACACGGGUUCUUUUUUACUAUGGUAAAGCUAAAUUCAGGAAUUCAAUUCUACUUCUUUUAUCAAUAUAUAAAUUAAGAUUAAAAGAGCUACAUCUAUUGCUUCAUUAGCUUUUAUAUUAUAGAAAGGUUAUUUAGUUGGAUUACUGAUAUGUUUUUUAUAAAAAGAAAUAAUUUAGAGUCUAUUUUAAUUUUAAUACUUAAUUUGGCUUAAUUGGAUGAGUUUUACUUCAUGAUUAGCUAAGAUAGGCGUAGAGAGUAUUUAGAAGAAGGAAUAUUAGAAAAGAGUGUAAUUACAUUCUUAUUUGAUAUUCCUUUGUACCUAAUGAGUAUAGUUUGGGUUUUAAAAGUUUAAUUUAUGCCUUUAAAUAUGGUAUUCGUUUCUAUUCUUUUAUUAUUGAUAUACAUUGGGCUAUUUACUACAGCUUUAUCUAUAAUAGGUAGCCUUGAGUUAAAUAUUUAUAAAUUGUUUAGGUUUAAGUGUUGGUUUUUUUAAUAUUUGUACUCUUAUUUUUAAUUUUUUACUUACUUUUGGUCGCUUUGCUUAAUAUGGAAUUAUUAUAAUUUGUAAUAUUAUUUCUUGGCAGUAUACAGCGUGCUUCUUGUUUUAUUAAUAAAGCAUGUAUGGCUCCGUUUAUAAAAUAACUUAUAAACUAUGGAAAAAUAUACCAUUCUUAUUAUAAUCAUUAUCAAAUAAUUGUUACAUAUAGUAUUCAGAUAUAGAAAAAAGAAACAUUCAUCAUUUAGCAUUUAAAAUAAAUUUGGCUACAAAAUCUUUAAUUCUAUGAUUAUUUUUGAAUUAUUGAUUAAGCUUUAUCUUUUAAUAGCAUUUUGGAUUGUUUUUUAAAAAACAAAUAAUAAUAAUAACAAUAACAAUUAGCAGCUAUAUUCAUUUAAAAUUACCGUUUUAAUAAUGAUAGUAAUAAGUUUUUUAAUCCUUCUUUUUUAAAGUAUUGAUCAAGUAAUAAUAAACCAGUAUAAAUAUAAAGAUUAUAUUGAAUUAGAAUCUAUUCAAGAAUUUAUUAAAUUCGAUAAGAAUAGUAAGGAUAUUAAAAAUAAUUAUGUAAAAUACAUUUAAAUAUUUGAUAUUUUUUAUAAUGAAGAGACUUAUGGAAUAAGCAUAAUUAAGGAUAUUUUAUUUGAGUAUGAAAGCAUAGAAAUAAUAGGAAGAGAUUUUAAUAAGAAAAAGAUAUUAAACAAUAAAUAUUUUUACUCUGUUGAAAUAGAGUUUAUUAUGAAAGCUUAAUAAAUUUUAGAUGUUAUUUAAACAUAAAAAGUGAUAUCAUAGAUAUAAAGUGUUUAUUUAAAACUAUAAAAUGAUGGAUAUUUAUAUGAUUUAUAUAAAUUUUGGAUAGAUAACUACAUAGAAAUUAGUCUCUACUCAAAUUACGACUAUAGAUUUUACUAAUUAAUAAAUAAUAUCAAAUAAUAAAUGUAAUCUGCUAUUUCCUAACUAAUAAUAUAUUAAAAAUUUAUUUUUCCUUAAAUGAUCGUAAAUCCUCACUUUGUUUAUUAUGAUUUAUAUGAUUGA